UGUUUCGAGCAAGAUGGUCGAAAUGACGACCAUGAUGAACAACGGCGACUAUAUGGAGCAAGAGGAAGAAUGGGAGAGAGAGGGAUUACUCGAUCCGGCUUGGGAGAAACAACAACGAAAGACAUUUACAGCUUGGUGCAAUUCUCACCUUCGUAAAGCCGGCACUGGAAUCGAAAACAUCGAAGAUGAUUUCCGCAACGGUCUCAAGUUGAUGCUCUUGCUGGAGGUGAUCUCCGGUGAAACGUUGCCCAAACCCGACCGAGGCAAAAUGCGUUUCCACAAGAUCGCCAACGUCAACAAGGCGCUGGAUUUCAUCGCCAGCAAAGGCGUCAAGCUCGUUUCCAUCGGAGCUGAAGAAAUCGUUGACGGCAACACCAAGAUGACUUUGGGCAUGAUUUGGACCAUCAUUUUGCGUUUCGCCAUCCAAGACAUUUCCGUCGAGGAGAUGACGGCCAAAGAGGGCCUCUUGCUUUGGUGCCAGCGCAAGACGGCGCCCUACAAGAACGUCAACGUCCAAAACUUCCACCUUAGCUUCAAGGAUGGCCUUGCCUUCUGUGCCUUGAUUCACCGCCACCGUCCCGAUCUAAUACCCAACUAUAACCAGCUGUCCAAGGAUAAUCCUUUGGAAAAUCUUAACUUGGCUUUUGAUGUGGCUGAGAAGUAUCUGGACAUCCCCCGCAUGUUGGACCCUGAAGAUAUGAUCAACACCCCCAAGCCGGAUGAGCGUGCAAUCAUGACGUACGUUUCGUGCUACUACCACGCCUUCCAGGGUGCCCAGCAGGCGGAAACCGCAGCUAAUCGCAUCUGCAAAGUGCUCAAGGUUAACCAGGAGAAUGAGCGCCUCAUGGAAGAAUAUGAGCGUCUGGCCAGCGACCUUCUGGAAUGGAUCAAACGAACUCUGCCGUGGCUCGAGUCCCGUCAAACGGACAAUUCGUUGGCCGGCGUGCAGAAGAAAUUGGACGAGUACCGACAAUACCGCCGCAAGCACAAGCCUCCCCGUGUUGAACAGAAGGCCAAGUUGGAGACCAACUUCAACACGCUGCAGACCAAGUUGCGUUUGUCCAAUCGACCUGCUUACAUGCCCACCGAAGGCAAAAUGGUUUCGGAUAUCGCCAAUGCUUGGAAAGGUUUGGAAGGAUGCGAGAAAUCAUUUGAGGAGUGGCUCCUCUCUGAAAUGAUGAGACUGGAACGUUUGGACCAUUUGGCCCAGAAGUUCAAGCACAAAUCCGAUAUCCAUCAGGGAUGGACUCAAGGCAAGGAAGAGAUGCUUUCCUCUCAGGAUUUCCGCUCGUGCCGCUUGCCGGAACUGAAGGCUCUGAAGAAGAAGCACGAAGCCUUCGAAAGCGACUUGGCUGCUCACCAGGAUCGCGUCGAGCAAAUUGCUGCCAUCGCGCAAGAGCUCAAUGCGCUGGAUUAUCACGACACGGCCACGGUUAACGCCCGCUGUCAGCUUAUUUGCGACCAGUGGGAUCGGUUAGGAUCGCUGACCCAGUCGCGUCGCCAAGCUUUGGAGGAGGCCGAACGAGUGCUCGAAAAGAUUGAUCAACUUCAUUUGGAGUUUGCCAAGAGGGCCGCGCCUUUCAACAACUGGUUGGAUGGAGCACGCGAGGAUUUGGUGGAUAUGUUCAUCGUUCACACGAUGGAAGAAAUCCAGGGCUUGCUCGAUGCCCAUGAACAGUUCAAAGCCACUCUUGGUGAGGCCGACAAAGAAUACCAAUCAAUUGUUGGUUUGGUUCAACAAGUUGAAUCGAUUGCCAAGCAGCACAGCAUCCCCGGCGGCUUGGAUAACCCGUACACCAGUCUUACGGCCAAGGAUGAAUCAUCACCCAAGGACAUUACUUCCAAGUGGGCGGAAGUCCGUCAGUUGGUUCCGCAAAGGGACGGUACUCUGCAACAAGAGUUGCGUAAACAGCAAAACAACGAGCUUAUGCGUCGCCAAUUUGCCGAAAAGGCUAACUCUGUCGGACCAUGGAUCGAGCGUCAAAUGGACGCCGUGGCCUCUAUCGCUAUGGGAAUGCAGGGCUCUUUGGAGGAUCAGUUGGUGCGUUUGAAGGAAUACGAGCAGAAUGUCUACGCCUACAAGUCGCACAUGGAAGAGUUGGAGAAGCUCAACCAGGGCAUCCAAGAAUCGAUGGUCUUCGAAAACCGUUACACGCAAUACACGAUGGAGACGCUGCGAGUUGGCUGGGAGCAGUUGCUCACCUCCAUCAACCGCAACAUCAACGAAGUUGAAAACCAGAUUUUGACGCGCGAUUCUAAAGGUAUCACGCAGGAGCAGUUGAACGAAUUCCGAAGCUCGUUUAACCACUUUGACAAGAACCGCGUCGGUCACCUGAAGCCCGAUGAGUACAAGUCAUGUCUGGUCAGCUUGGGAUAUUCCCUGGGCAAGGACAAGCAGGGCGAGAUUGACUUCCAACGCAUCAUGGCCAUCGUUGAUCCCAAUAACAGCGGCUACGUUCUUUUCGACGCUUUCCUCGAUUUUAUGACCCGAGAGUCCACCGACUCGGACACGGCCGAACAGGUGAUUGAUUCGUUCCGCAUUUUGGCUGGUGACAAACCUUUCAUUUUGCCGGAUGAGUUGCGUCGUGAAUUGCCACCCGACCAGGCCGAAUACUGCAUCCAGCGCAUGCAGCCGUACAAGGGCACGGACGGUUCACCUGGAGCGUUGGACUACAUGUCCUUCUCCACAGCGCUUUACGGCGAAUCUGAUCUGUAAAAA